AUGACUCCUCCCCAUCUCCGACACCAAGUCAUCCGGAUCUACAAAGAGCUCCUCUUCCUCGGCCGUGAAUACCCUCUCGGCUACCAAUUCUUCCGCGAACGCUUACACCGCGCUUUCGCGAGUCAGGCUCACAUCACUGAUGAGGGGAAAAUCAUAGACGGGAUACGGAGGGCGGAGCGUGGGGGGGCCGGCCUCUGGGAAGGAGUUUGGAAGCUUGAUGGCGAGGUUGUAGUCUGUACUUGCAAUUUCCUUCUCAAGGAUGGCACGCUGACAGUGAUGAGCCACGACCUCAACGGAUUCCGGAUGGUUUUAUAGAGAUUGAGGCAUUGUAAGUUCUUUUCCUUGUGGCUUUCGUGUGUGUUCUUUCUGCUAUUUUAUUUUGAAUUGUGAACCGGUGGUUGGCAAUUGAAGAAUGAGCACUCAUUUAAAUUAAUUCCCCUGCGACUACCCCAUUUUAUACACUGAGAUGAAUGCUUCAUGUACAACGAAUCAUGACUAUCAAAAACAAGAGGAGGCAGAAAGAAAUGUACAGAUAUGACUACCCCAGAAGUCAAAAUGAAAGAAAGGGGACAAAAUAUGUUCCAAGAUGAAGUAGAGGUUGGAGAAAACGAAGAGAAAGUUGCCAAAAAGGGGUGGUGCAAAGAGAAGUCUCCCAUGAAUAGGCGCCGCUUGCUUCCAUUGUUCAUACACCAUGUUAAAAUGUCAUUUCGUCGUGUCGACAUCUGUCGAUGUUAUCUGUUGGUCUGGGUAUAUUGGUUUGCGAUGGGGCUGUGAAAACAAAAGCCCAGGUUCUGCGAAUAAAAUUGAAAACUGGGAGGGCGCGCAGGGAGGAAUGAGGAAGGAGAAGGAGGAGAGCUAACAAGGGCAAAAUGCAGAUAUUAUCUGAGACGAUAUCGCGC